AUGCCGCUCUCCAUAAAUCUAAGUCUACUCCCAAUAAGUCAUUUGAUAUUUAUUCCGAUAUGCUGGUUUUCUGUGUUUUUGUACCUGCGGGUUUUGUAUAUUAUUCACCAAUUAAGAAAAAAUGUUUUCAAAUCGUCGUUUUUCUUGAUUAUCAGGAUGCAUGCUAUCACGGACCUCCUUAUGUUCCUAUACGUGGAGCUGGUUGCUCGCCCACGCAAAUACCGAGUUCAUAACCUAUUCGAAGCAGCAAACGAUCAUUGGAUUCCUCAGCUGUUGUGGUUUUCAUUGACAGUUAUCAAAAAUGCCAUGUUCCUAGGGUAUACGGUAGUUGCCGUCAAUCGGUGCUCCGAGAUAUUUCGGUUUAGGAAUCAUGUAAAGUUCUGGUCUCCAACCCUUAUCCUAAUAGUUUACUUAUCUGAAUGGCUGGCUCCAACAAUUGUAUUAAUUCCACUAUUCUACACUGGAAAUCACAAUUUCUCACUCAUCGCUGCCCCUUCUGGCGGAUUGUUUCUACGCGCCAGUCCGGAGUUCAUCAAAAUGUGCUCCAGGACCUCACUUUAUCGAUAUUUUGCUUCCUGGUCAGCUCAUUUUUGUAUCUCAUCACUUUUGUGCAUUUGGUGCAGACUUUGCCGAAAACUAUGUCAAACACAUUCUUCAGUAUUAAUCGAUCGGAAUCUUCAAAUCUCAACCCACCAACAGACCUAAUUAUUUUCAAAUGUGCAUUUUUCUCAUUUGUUCUGUUUGUGCCAAAUUUCGCAAAAACAAUGGUUUUAUAUUUCUCCACUAAUCCUCAACUGGUGGAUAUUGGAACGGAACUUUGGUUCUUCACUACGGAAAUAAUGUGCAUCAGUUCUCCGUGGAGCUUACUAGUGAGUAGCUCAAAAUUGCGAAAGGAAUUUAUACCGAAAAGAUGCAGAAAACGACAGGAAAAUAUUUCUUCAAUGUUGUCUACUAGAUUUUAAUAUUUUUACUCGACUGCAA